AUGGACUUCAGCAACGUCUCAUUGAAUGAACCAAGUCUCAUUGAGGAGCAAGAUGGCUACUUUGACGAAUACGAUCGGGCUAUGGAAGCUGCUCGCUUAUCAGCUGACAUUCAGGAUUACUGUUACAGUCAACACUAUCUCUGGCAACAAAAGGAGCAAGUCAAUGAGAACGAUGAUGAUGAUACGAUGAUGAUGGAAUAUCAAGAGGAAGAGAACAACUAUUAUUACUAUGAUGGCGACGACGACAUGAUGGACGAGGAUGAUCGACAAAGCAUUGCGAGUGAAGAGGAGUCGUCGUACAACAACGAAGCAUUACUCAGUUUGAUUGCAGGCGUUCAGUCAUAUCUCACCGAUGCCACCAAUGCUGGAAUUGUCAAGGACUCACCCCUCUUGGAAUUGCAAUACAAGAUGUACCUUUAUAUGAAGCAACAAGCCUGUGAAAUGGGAUACAAUGUGGAUGAGUUGUGUUAUCCAUGCUAA